GCAUAUGAUAUCGGUAGCCCAAAUUUUGCAGGCCGACCAUUGAUAUCAGUUGUGCAUCGGCAGGGUAUCGAACCCCGGGUCAUUUGCGUGGUGGGCGAGAGUCCUAACCGCUGUGCUACAGACGCACGUGGUAUUUAUGGGAAUCACAAUUAUCCACAAUACAUCUGUUAAAUUAAUUCGUUCACCAGUUAAUUUAGUUAUAAUAACCAAUCUUGUGCUUGUAAUGAAUCUGCCAUGUAAACCUUUGGCGUGUGAAAUUCAAGCUUGUCUGAUCAAGAACAACUACCAAGUGAGUCGGUGCAUGAAAGAGAUCACUACACUCAUUGAAUGCUGUGAGAAAUAUAAAUAUAUCAAACAACCAUGUUGUGAAGGUUGGGAUAAUUACAGAUAUAAACAUGAAGAUAAAAAGGAAUCAUAAACGUUUAGUAUUUGUACAUAAUCCUGUCUCAUCAGAAUUACUCAUUGUUAACCUAUAAUUAUUUUAAAAAUAUUUCCAAAAUUAAAAUCUUAGCUUCACAUACAUAUUUCCUGAUCAAUAGUUUAAC